UUGAAAAAAAGAAUAAAUAUUAGUGAGAGAAUUGAUUGCAACAUAGCCGACCUUAGCAUAUUUUACUUCCUUUAUUAGCUUUCUCUCAUCACUAACAAAUUCUCUCUCUCUCUCUCUCUAAAAUUCCAACUCCACUCUCUCACUCAAAAUCCAAGCUUUUCUUCAAUGGCGGAUACCUCAAGACCCGUAACGGGUUACCCUGCUUCCACCUAUCCUCACCAGCCUCAACCCAACGCUGCUAACCCCAAUGGUUAUCCUUACCCGCCGCCCUACCAUCACCAGCAACCGCCGCCUAAUAACCCCAACUACGGUUAUCCCUACCGUUACGAUCCAGCACGCACUACCUUCAUCCGUCGUAUCUUUGCUUUGAUGGUAGCUUUUUUUAUCGUUUCCGCUUCUAUAAUCUUCAUCAUCUGGCUCGUACUCCGUCCCCGCCUCCCUAAAAUAUCAGUCGACUCCGUCUCGCUCACCAAUUUCAAUGUCUCUUCUUCUUCUCCGGCUGUUUCUGGAAACUGGGCUAUUGGAUUCUCUGUUAACAACCCUAACAAAAAGAUGAGCAUCGCUUAUGACGAGAUCGACUCUGUCGUUUUUUACAGAUCAACGUUUUUAGCGGAGACACGAAUCUCCCCGUUUACUCAGGGGACACGGUCACAGACCACUGUCAACGCUACUUUCUCGGCCUUUAAUUCGUACGUGGAAAAGUCCGUUGUUAGUGGCAUUGCUACGGACAGAGGUCGUGGGAUUGUGAAUUUCAACAUUAGGGUUUUGGCUAGGGUUGGGUUCCGUACUGGUGGUUGGCGAUUGAGGAGAAGGUUGCUUAGGGUUUUGUGUGAGGACGUUGGGGUUGGCCUUUCUUCAACAAGUGGUACCGGGAAACUGGUCGGUGGAGGAAGAGAAUGCCGGGUUGGUAUUUGAAUUAUUUAAUUUUCUAGAUUUUUUUUUUUUCAUAAUUGUUUUACUAUAUUUCCCAUAAAUAAAUGGGGUAUAAUUUGAGAUGAUUAGCUGGCUUUAGUUUAGGUGUAAAUUAAUGUAUAGAUUCUUCACCAAAUUUAUUUUGCUAAUUGGUUUAAUGCGUUUUGCUUAUGUUUCUAGUCUUUCUUUUUGAGUGGGCAUUAUAAUUUGAUUUGUUUUCCACAAGGGUUUUGAUGUGGUCCCCAAAAUUUUAUAUAAACCUAAUUGGUCAUUUUGUAAGGGAAGAUCAAGAUGUGAUUUUGUACAUGUCAUGGGGCAAUUGUGUACGGAUUCACUCAACAGUAAUUAAUUAUGAUGUUAACACAA